AUGGAUGUUAGUGGACCCAUAGAGCCUCCAGCGUCAAAUGGACAUCGUUUCAUCCUGGUGGCUAUUGAUUAUUUCACAAAAUGGGUCGAAGCUUCGACAUACAAGGCAAUGACUAAGAAGGUAGUGGCCGACUUUGUUUGCAAUAACAUAGUUUGUCGGUUUGGAAUUCCAGAGUCAAUCAUAACAGAUAGUGCGGCCAACCUCAACAACGAUCUUAUGAAGGAAACUUGUGAAAGGUUUAAGAUUGCUCAUCAAAAUUCAACAGUUUAUUGGCCACAGAUGAAUGGAGCAGUUGAGGCUUUAAAUAAGAAUAUCAAGAAGAUUUUAAGGAAAAUAGUAGAUAGUCAUAGGCAAUGGCAUGAGAAGCUACCAUAUGCUUUACUCGGUUAUCACACCACGAUCAGAACAUCAACUGGGGCUACUUCUUAUAUGUUGGUUUAUGGUUCGGAAGCAGUAAUACCUACCGAGAUGGAAAUACCAUUUUUAAGGAUUAUCCAAGAGGUUGGUCUGGACUAUGCGGAAUGGAUACGUAGCAGGCAUGAACAAUUGAUACUCAUUGAUGAAAAGAGGAUGGACGUGUUCACACCAGGGAAGUUAGUAUUGAAGAAGAUCUUCCCUCACCAAGAAGAAGCCAAAGGGAAAUUUGCACCAAACUGGCAAAGACCCUACAUGGUUCAUAGAGUACUCUCUGGAGGAGCGGUAAUCUUAGCAGAAAUGUACGGCAGAGUGAGUACAAAGCCAAUCAAUUCAGACGCCAUCAAGAAAUACUACAUCUGA